UUUUCUGCAGGAACAUCAGCAACCAUGGAUGCCGGAACCAGCGCGCAUUCUCACAACCACAACGGAAAUCGAUGAACCUGCAAGGGAAAUACCCGAUCAGGCUGGUACAUUUCUUCUGGAUCGAUUUUCUAGUUUUGGAAAACUCCAAAGAGCAGUCGCUUACAUGUUGCGAUUUAUCAACAACUGCCGGGACAAACACCAGAGGGCUUUGGUGUCGGAGCGUCUUUCAGUGUGCGAACUUGAUGCAGCACAGGUACAAAUAAUCAAAAUAACUCAACAAAGGUAUUUUGACCAAGAAAUCAAAAAUAUAAGGAAAAACGGAUGCGUAGCUAACAACAGCUCCUUGGUAACGCUGCAUCCAUUCCUUGAUGAUAACGGGCUACUGAGAGUUGGCGGGCGCAUACAGGCGGCUGGAGUAACCUACGAUCAGAAACAUCCGUUAGUGUUACCUUCGAAAUGCAGCGUAACCCAGUUGAUUGCAACCGAUACACACCGGAAAAACCUGCAUGUCGGACCACAGGGAUUGCUCUACGCCAUGAGGUUGAAAUACUGGCCGAUUCAUGGUAAACAAUUAGCGCGUCAAGUGGUGCACCGAUGCAUUACCUGCUUCAAAAACAAACCGAAACCAUUGCAUCAAAUCAUGGGACAGGUCCCAGAUGUACGUCUGUAUCCAGGCAGACCCAAGACCAUUCCAACCCUCAGAAGAUUCAGUAGUCAGCGUGGUCGGAGCAGCAUCAUUCACUGCGAUAAUGGAACUAAUUUCGUUGGCACAAAAAACGAACUGGACGCUAUAGCUGCUAAAUUCGAUGCAGAAGUUUCUCCUAACAUUAAAAGCUUCUGUGCAGCUGAAGGAAUCGAAUGGAAGUUCAUUCCUCCUCGAGCACCGAAUUUCGGGGGCAUUUGGGAAGCUGGCAUCAAAAGCGUUAAGCACCACAUGAAACGAGUUCUUGGAACAAAAAUACCAACCUACGAGGAAAUGUUGACCCUUUUGAAACAAAUCGAAGGUUGCCUAAAUUCGCGGCCGAUAUCGCCCAUGUCUACGGACCCCGAUGAUACCAGCCCUCUAACACCGGGACAUUUCUUGAUCGGCGGACCUAUCAUUGCCCUGCCGGAUAAAAAUGUUUCCGAAACUCCAGCUAACCGGCUAACUCGAUUCGAAGAAAUACAAAAAACUGUGCAGCUAUUUUGGAAGCGAUGGAGAGCCGAAUACUUAAACAAUCUACAACAACGUACCAAGGCAAUGGCCAGUAGCCCAGUAGUCAACCCAAUCUAUUGGUUGGACAACUAUGCCUGA